GGGGGGAAGAAGGGAGCGCGUCUUGCGCAGGCGCACUACGUUUCUAUUUUUUUUUUUUUAAUCCCGCACCGAGAGCUUAACCUCAUUGGGGUGGAGGAGAAGGCGGCGGCCGGCUGGUCCGCUGCGGCAACAGUAGCGAGUCAGGCGGCGAACGGACUGCUGAAUUAUGAAGUGUUUCAGAACCAGUAGUGGAACAGCACUCUGCCUCUCACCCCUUUAUCUCCAACUAGUUAUUUAAAUUGGACUUUUAAUAUCCUACCAGCUGCUCUUCAGACACACAUGCUGCAUUGUUGCCAUUCCCCAGAUUGCAUCUUUGAAACUCAGACUUUGAGUAACCUUCUGCGAACAAAGAGGCCACCCCCUGGGCGCAUCUGCCGGGAGGGCGUCACCCCGAGUGCCCUCUAGCUCUUGCUGGCUCUGGAUUCCGCCAUGGAGACUCGCAUGGAGUCCUACCUGGCACAGGUGCUGCAGAAGGAUGUGGGGAAGCGACUGCAAGUUGGCCAGGAGCUUAUAGAUUAUUUCUCAGACAAGCAGAAAUCUGCAGACCUUGAGCAUGACCAGACCAUGCUAGACAAGUUUGUGGAUGGCCUCGCUACCUCGUGGGUGAACUCUAGCAAUUACAAGGUGGCCCUGCUGGGCAUGGACAUCCUAUCGGCGCUGGUCACCCGGUUGCAAGAUCGGUUCAAGGCGCAGAUCGGCACAGUGCUGCCAAGUUUGAUAGACAGGUUGGGAGAUGCUAAGGACUCUGUGAGGGAACAAGACCAGACCCUGCUGCUGAAGAUCAUGGAUCAGGCUGCUACCCCUCAGUACGUGUGGGAUCGGAUGCUAGGAGGCUUCAAGCACAAGAAUUUCCGCACACGGGAAGGCACGUGUCUCUGCCUUGUUGCCACACUCAACGCCUCUGGAGCACAUACUUUAACACUAAACAAGAUCGUGCCACAUAUAUGUAAUUUACUUGGAGAUCCCAACAGUCAGGUUCGCGAUGCAGCAAUAAACAGCUUAGUGGAAAUUUACAGACACGUAGGAGAACGUGUGAGGGCAGAUCUCAGUAAAAAAGGAUUGCCACAAUCGCGGUUGAAUGUAAUUUUUACCAAAUUUGAUGAAGUCCAAAAAUCUGGGAACAUGAUACAGUCUGCAAAUGAUAAAAAUUUUGAUGACGAAGAUUCUGUAGAUAGUAACAGACCUUCCUCUGCCAGUUCUACAUCAUCCAAGGCUCCACCGAGCUCACGGAGAAACGUGGGGAUGGGGACCAGCCGCCGGCUUGGCUCGUCUACUCUUGGAUCCAAGUCUUCAGCUGCAAAAGAAGGUGGAGCAGGUGCUGUCGAUGAAGAGGAUUUCAUCAAAGCCUUUGACGAUGUGCCUGUAGUGCAGAUUUACUCCAGUCGAGACCUUGAGGAGUCCAUUAACAAGAUUAGGGAAAUUCUAUCUGAUGACAAGCAUGAUUGGGAGCAAAGAGUAAAUGCUCUUAAAAAGAUUAGAUCUUUACUUUUGGCUGGUGCUGCCGAGUACGAUAACUUCUUUCAACACUUGCGUCUUCUGGACGGAGCCUUUAAACUAUCUGCUAAGGAUCUGCGGUCUCAGGUAGUGCGGGAAGCUUGUAUCACAUUAGGGCAUCUGUCAUCAGUUCUGGGGAAUAAGUUUGACCAUGGAGCUGAAGCCAUUAUGCCAACUAUCUUUAAUCUAAUUCCAAACAGUGCCAAAAUUAUGGCCACUUCCGGUGUUGUAGCUGUUAGGUUAAUCAUUCGGCACACACAUAUUCCUAGGCUAAUACCUGUCAUUACAAGCAACUGUACCUCUAAGUCUGUUGCCGUUAGAAGACGCUGUUUUGAAUUUUUAGAUUUACUUUUACAAGAAUGGCAGACACAUUCACUGGAAAGACACAUAUCAGUAUUGGCUGAGACAAUAAAGAAGGGGAUACAUGACGCGGACUCUGAAGCCAGGAUAGAAGCCAGAAAGUGUUACUGGGGCUUCCACAGUCACUUCAGCAGGGAGGCAGAGCACUUGUACCACACCUUGGAAUCCUCCUACCAGAAAGCCCUGCAGUCCCACUUGAAGAACUCUGACAGCAUUGUUUCUCUCCCGCAAUCUGAUCGCUCAUCAUCUAGCUCCCAGGAGAGUCUGAAUCGGCCACUCUCUGCCAAAAGGAGUCCUACUGGAAGUGCGACCUCUCGAGGUUCCACAGUCAGCACCAAAUCUGUGUCAACGACAGGAUCCCUCCAGCGUUCUCGAAGUGACAUUGACGUGAAUGCGGCCGCCAAUGCCAAAUCCAAAGUCUCCUCAGCAGCUGGAUCCACACCGUUCAGCUCCGCAGCAGCAUUGCCUCCAGGCUCAUAUGCAUCCUUAGGUCGGAUCCGCACACGACGGCAAAGCUCCGGGAGUACCACGAACGUGUCCACACCUGAUAACAGAGGCCGCAGUCGUGCGAAAGUGGUUUCCCAGUCCCAGCGAUCCAGAUCUGCUAAUCCUGCGGGUGCUGGCAGUCGGUCAAGUUCCCCAGGGAAGUUGUUGGGAAGUGGUUAUAGUGGCCUUGCUGGGGGUUCCUCGAGAGGCCCGCCCACAACACCCUCCUCUGAAAAACGCAGCAAGAUUCCCAGGAGCCAGGGUUGCAGCCGGGAAACGAGUCCAAACCGGAUAGGACUAGCACGGAGCAGCCGUAUCCCUCGACCCAGCAUGAGUCAGGGGUGCAGCCGCGAUACCAGCCGUGAGAGCAGCCGCGAUACAAGCCCUGCUCGGGGCUUCCCUCCGCUUGCCUCUCGACGUCAUUCCAGGUCCACUAGUGCUCUCUCCACUGCUGAAUCUGUUGGGCAGUCAGACCGAUUCGGGCUUGGCCAGGCGGGAAGAAUCCCUGGUUCUGUGAAUGCCAUGAGAGUUUUGAGCACAAGCACAGACCUAGAAGCAGCCGUUGCUGACGCUCUGCUGUUAGGAGACUCCAGGAGCAAGAAGAAGCCUGUACGGAGGAGAUAUGAGCCAUACGGGAUGUAUUCCGAUGAUGAUGCCAACAGCGAUGCCUCCAGUGUUUGCUCUGAGCGCUCCUUUGGCUCCAGGAAUGGCGGCAUUCCCCAUUACCUGCGGCAGACUGAGGAUGUAGCAGAAGUGCUGAAUCACUGUGCUAGCUCAAACUGGUCAGAAAGGAAAGAAGGGCUUCUAGGCCUGCAGAACUUACUGAAGAGCCAAAGAACACUAAGCCGAGUAGAAUUGAAAAGAUUGUGUGAGAUCUUUACCCGAAUGUUUGCUGACCCUCAUAGCAAGGUCUUCAGUAUGUUUUUGGAGACUCUUGUCGAUUUUAUAAUAAUUCACAAGGACGACUUGCAAGACUGGCUUUUUGUCCUUCUCACACAGUUGCUUAAGAAGAUGGGGGCAGACUUACUGGGCUCUGUGCAGGCGAAAGUUCAGAAGGCUCUAGAUGUCACACGGGACUCCUUUCCAUUUGAUCAACAAUUUAAUAUUUUGAUGAGAUUUAUUGUGGAUCAAACUCAAACUCCUAACCUCAAGGUCAAAGUUGCAAUCCUGAAAUACAUUGAGUCUCUUGCUAGGCAGAUGGAUCCAACAGAUUUUGUGAACUCUAGUGAGACAAGACUUGCUGUUUCUAGAAUUAUAACCUGGACAACAGAACCAAAGAGCUCAGAUGUGAGAAAGGCAGCACAAGUUGUGCUCAUCUCUCUGUUUGAACUGAACACUCCUGAAUUUACCAUGCUACUUGGUGCCUUGCCAAAAACAUUCCAGGAUGGUGCCACCAAACUCCUGCAUAACCACCUCAAGAAUUCUAGUAGCACUAGUGUGGGCUCUCCGAGCAAUACAAUUGGCCGAACUCCCUCCCGACACACCAGCAGCAGGACCAGCCCCCUGACCUCACCUACCAACUGUUCCCAUGGGGGCCUGUCUCCAAGCAUGCUGGACUAUGAUACAGAGAACCUGAACUCUGAAGAAAUUUAUAGUUCUUUGCGAGGAGUUACAGAAGCCAUUGAAAAAUUUAGUUUUCGAAGCCAAGAGGAUCUGAAUGAGCCAAUUAAGCGAGAUGGCAAAAAGGACUGUGACAUUGUGUCCCGAGACGGAAGCAUUGCCUCCCCUGCCACCGACGGCCGGGGAGGCAGUGACGUGGUGGAAGGAGGCAGAACAGCUCUGGACAACAAGACCUCCCUGCUCAACACCCAGCCUCCACGUGCCUUCCCUGGACCGCGGGCACGAGAGUACAAUCCCUACCCCUACUCAGAUACCAUCAACACCUACGACAAGACGGCAUUGAAGGAAGCCGUGUUUGACGACGACAUGGACCAGCUUCGAGAUGUGCCCAUUGACCACUCUGACUUGGUGGCUGACCUUCUGAAAGAGCUGUCCAACCACAAUGAGCGGGUGGAGGAACGGAAAGGCGCCCUGCUGGAGCUGCUCAAGAUCACCCGGGAAGAUAGCCUGGGCGUCUGGGAAGAGCACUUCAAGACCAUUCUGCUCCUGCUGCUAGAGACGCUUGGAGACAAAGAUCAUUCCAUCCGAGCGCUGGCAUUGAGGGUAUUACGAGAAAUUCUCAGAAACCAGCCGGCCAGAUUCAAAAACUAUGCUGAGUUGACGAUCAUGAAGACUCUGGAAGCCCACAAAGAUUCUCACAAAGAGGUGGUACGAGCAGCUGAGGAGGCUGCGUCCACCCUCGCCAGCUCUAUCCACCCAGAGCAGUGCAUCAAAGUGCUCUGCCCCAUCAUCCAGACCGCAGACUACCCCAUCAACCUCGCUGCCAUCAAGAUGCAGACCAAAGUCGUGGAGAGGAUCGCCAAGGAGUCCUUGCUGCAGCUGCUCGCCGACAUCAUCCCAGGCUUGCUACAGGGUUAUGACAACACCGAAAGUAGUGUGCGUAAGGCCAGCGUGUUUUGCUUAGUGGCGAUUUAUUCCGUAAUCGGAGAAGAGCUGAAACCUCACCUCGCACAGCUCACAGGGAGUAAGAUGAAGCUACUAAACUUAUAUAUCAAGAGGGCCCAAACCACCAACAGCAAUAGCAGCAGCUCCUCCGAUGUGUCUACGCACAGCUAAUGGCAACGCCAGAGUCUCUUUGUGUAGCCUGAGUAGAAGCAAUCGGUGGUGCCUCUCAGAGACCUUCCUACCCUCCCUGCUUCACCGGCUGCCCAGUCAGUACAAGGAGGCCCACAGCUAUUUAUUACAAUCAGUAUUUUGGUCCCUUUCAGCUUUUGUGUAGGCUAUUACUGGUAUUGAAUGUAAAGGAAGCAAGGCCUGUAUUGCAAUCAUCAAACAGAACAAAAGGAAUCAGAAAGAGCCAACUUAGACAUGUCUUAUGCAGCCUGCUGCGAUACCAGACCAUGUGUGGGGGCAGUUUUUAAAACCCAGAACCCAAGAGCUCUUUAGGCAGUACUUGGUAGAAAAUAGCGUUCUCCCCUCAGUUACUAAUGUACUUGAGGAGAGUGUGUUAAUUUUUGUUUCUCUUGAAUCCUAGCUGAUUUUCUUACAGAUAGGACAGAACCCUCCCCUCCCCCACCCCCAUCCCUGCCCCCCUCACACUAACACAGUGAAAGGUUGUGUAUCUGUCAAGUUGUAUUUUGAGAUAUACUAAAUUUGUGAGUCAAGUCUUGAUGAGAAAUGGAGAAAAGCCUUAAGAUGGCCUAUGAGCAAACAAUUGAGAUUUUGCUUCUAAGUUGAGCCUGGAAUGCCUGCAGGCUUAGUUUAGAACCCUCUACCCCCCCACACACACCCUCCCCACAGGCUCCUUCUAGGAUAGACUCCAGCCCCACCCACCCCAAAACAGUUCUCCUGAUGCUGUUCCUAUCCAGAUUUACCACUUGAAAGAGUUCAAUUUGAAAUGCAAACACAAACACCAAGCAAAGAGAUACUGUCAGCUGGAAUGCUGCCUCAACUGGCAUUUCUCUAGGCACAGAGGUGACAGGAGAGCUGUUUGUCCCACUGCUCAGAUCUGGGGAAACACUGUGGAACAAGCCUUCUCCUGUCACCCUGCCACUUGGUCACUCUGGUACAGGUCAUCUUUUUUCCUCCUACCCUGCCCUAAAUUGCUCAGUUCCAAAAUGUUCUCACUAAAAUCUGAUGAAAGGCAACUCUACUGUCUCAGCUUUGACUUCUCUGUUUAUUUGGGGAUUAAGAUCGAAGAAAAGUCAAAGGGAGACAUCAGAAUCUUUUUUUUUCUUCCAAUUUGAUGCACUGAGGCAUUUCCUUGAACAGCUAGUGAUAUAAGGGAAACACAGUUAUGCUGAGUGUCAGAUUUCAGAAAACCAGAAUUUGCAACACAACUUUUGAGCGUCUGCUUCCUUCUCUUCAGUGAGAAUUAUCAGAGAAUCUACCCUUCUUAAAAACUUGUUGAGAGUUGGAUCGUUCCAAUAAAAGUAACAACAUUUUUGAUCUGGUUACUUAAAUUUUGACUAAAAUUCUUAACAGCCAAGUAGAACAAAACAACAACAAAAAAUCAGUGUUGGGGCCUUUGUAUAUGAGAAAUACAUAAGGUAGAGAAAGAGGGAGAACAAAACAGAGAACACCCCUUCACCCCUGGUGGAACUUUUCCCGGCAUCCUCCAUCCAUGCUGCUGUGUGGUACUGGGACUCAAGCUCAGGUGCCUGCGUGGUAAGCCAUGCAUGCGCUCUCCUGAGUGAGCUUCUCCCAGCCCUCUGCCCCAGCAAUAGAUCUUAAUGCAGUCACACCAACUCUUACUGUUUCUCACUACUCUGAGUCAAACUCAUUUUUCCAUAAGGAAAACGCACACUGUGGUGUUAAUCUCAUGAGGUGUUUGCUGUCCCAGAUGCUUGUUUGCCUCUCCCCACUGGCCUCCACACACCUCUCCUUCUCUGUCCCUUCAGCUGGAAGUUAUGAAAGUACUUUAGCAAAUGUAAGGCUCAUUUAAUUGAUUUUAAAUACUUGCUGUUUGGAUAUAGGCACUGAAAAUGAAGGUCCAGGAACUCUGAAGCCAGGGCACCUUCACUGAGGAGAUAGAAAGAGAGAGAAAGAGAGGGAGAGAGAGAGAGAGAGAAUGAAUGAGAAUGUGUGUGUGUGUAUGUGUGAUCUUACAAGUGUAGGAAGUUAGUACCCCACUGCUGCUGUUGACGGAAUUCAGGGGUGCAUUCUAAGUGGUUGAAUUUUAUUGACUGACUUCUUGGCUCAAAAACCUCGCAAGACCAGGCCUUACCUUCAUCGAUAAAUACCAUUUGUUUGUUAAUAUUUCACAAACAGGAUUUUUUUUUUUUUUUUUUUUUUUUUUUUUACUCUGUGAGUCUGAGCGUCUCUUGAUUCCUCCUCUGUUGUAGAAACGUGUGUCCUGGCUAGGGUAUUUAUGAGUUACUUUAUGGCUCCUUCAACUCUUUACCCCCAGUUCCUCGCGUGCCCUCAGUCGGAAGAACCUUGAACAUUCACAUCACUGAUGUCCUCGCUGUGCUCACAAAGGGCUAGCCUUGAAUGUCACUCGCCCUUCUUUCAGCCCCCCGACUCAGAAAUACAAUCACUUGGCCUCAGUCAACACUGCUGCCCGCCACUCGGGAGACUCACAUGCCGUCACCACCUCACAGGGAGGGAGGCCGCACCCACUGCUGCCCCUCCACACCUGACAGCUGCAGCUGCCUCACCUUGCCGCCACCUCCCUGAAGGCCUCCUGUUGAGAUGAAACAGCAAACUGCUGUCCAGGGCCCUGAAACACUCACCCUGCCCCUCCAGCGGGAUGGGCUUGUCAGGCUCCUGCUUUCCUUCAAGCUGCUGCCUUUCCUCUUCAGACCACGGUGCACCUCGCGGACUGAGGGCAGGCGCGCAGCACCCCUCAAGUGCACUGUGUGUGCCUGGCUGGUCCCGACGCCCGCAGGCAGCCACACGGCUACCCCCGAGGCUCAGCACUGGCUUCUCAGUACCCUGUGCAGGUAAUGCAAUGGAACCUUAGUCUCUCACACCCUUUUCUUUCCCUGCGCCCUUUAUUUAUCAAGCAUAAUAUUAUACAUUAAAGGACAGCAAAUAAGAACUUUGUAGAAUCCCACCAGGACUUUGCUAACCACGAUUGGAAAUGAAAAUGGAAACAAGACACCCCCUGAGAAGUGUCAGCCACAGAGUUGUUGACGACAUGUUCACAUGCAUGGUCCCCGCAUCCCCAGGUUGGGUUUCCGUGUUUCUGGGUUUUGUUUUUUUUUUUUUUGGGGGGGGGCUUUUUCAUGUUACAUCCAUAUCUGUAUUUAUAUCUUAUUUGUCUCACUUUUCAAGUGUAUCAUGGCAAAUGUACAGAUUUUUUGUUGUUGUUAAUAAUGUGCUAGGAUUUGCUAAAAAAGAAAAUGACAAAAAAAAAAAGAACCUUUUGAGUUUGCCCUAGAAUAAAUGAAAAUUAAUUCAA